CCGGGCCGCUGAGGAUAUGGCCAAACUCCAGGAGCCCAUGGUCCCCACGUCGCAGGUGCAGCGGCGGGCAGACGCUGUGCGCUCCUGUCUCAUCGACACCUUCUCCCUCAUCGAGCAUCUUCAGGGCCUAAGCCAGGCUGUGCCCCGCCACAACCUCCACGAGUUUUUCAGUCCCCAGCACCAGAGGAGGCUGCUGCAGGGGGAUCAGCACCAACUGGUACGCUUCACCAUCAAGCCCGUGCACAGCACCAUCAUUACCAAUGCCAAGCGGCAGCAGUGCCGCCUUAAGUUGCGCUGCAGGAAGUGGCCCCCGCUUUCCCUGUGGGCCAACUGGAUCCUCAAUCUUUCCUUUUUCCAAAACCUUGUCAUCUUCUUCAUCAUUCUCAACACCAUCACGCUCAUGGCUGAAACAGAGCUGAUGGACUUGGAUAACUCCAACAUGGAGACCUUGAUUCUGGCUCUGGAGGUGUUGGCCUGGUACAGCCUGCUUAUUUUCCUCCUGGAGUUUACUUUCAUGUGGAUGUCCAACUUCUACGCCUUCUGGAUGAACGCUUGGAACAUCUUCGAUUUUGUGGUCACCAUGCUGUCCCUGGUGCCGGAGAUCGGGCUGCUGUUGGGGAUAAACGACGACCUGGUGUGGCUGCAGGCGCUGCGGAUCAGCCGCGUGCUGCGUUUGCUCAAGCUCUUCGCUCGCUUCCGCCAAGUGCGCGUCAUCAUCCUGGCCCUGGUCCGGGCCCUCAAGUCGAUGACCUACCUCCUGGUACUGGUGCUUCUCUUCUUCUACGUGUUUUCUGUGGCUGGGGUCUACUUCUUCGAGGCUUACAGCCGCUCUUCCCGCAAGGACCUGGAAUACAACAUGUUCUUCAUGGACCUGCCCAACUCCUUUGUGACAGUGUUUAUCCUGUUCACUAUGGAUCAUUGGUAUGCGAUACUCCUGGAUGCCUGGAAAGUGCCUGAAAUCAACAGGACCUUUAGCAGCCUCUAUGUCAUCCUCUGGCUCCUGCUGGGCUCCAUCAUCUUCCGCAACAUCAUCGUGGCCAUGAUGGUCACUAACUUCCAGACCAUCAGGAAUGAGCUCAAUGAGGAGGUCACCCACAUGGAAGUCCAGCAGAAAGCUGACCAGUUCAAGCGACAGAUCAUUAGGAGGAGGCAGGCACAGAGGCCAAAAUCGGCAAGGGAAAGGAAGGUCUCCAGGCCUAUCCUGCAAUCCAAGUCGAAAAUCUGGAUCCCGGAGACCUCCGAGAGCUCGGACUCUCAAGAACAUCCGCUCAACUUGUCCAGGAGCAACGAGAGCUCUGGGGUCACUGACUGGGAGAACCACGUGCACCAGAACCUCCCGGGGUUGAUGGAGAUGGACCAGGACGAGCGGGUUGUCUGGCCCCGAGACUCGCUCUUCCGCUACUUUGAGCUGCUAGAAAAGUUGCAGUUCAACCUAGAUGAGCGGAAGAAGCUUCAGGAUUAUGCAGUGCUGGCCCUGAUGAACCUGGAUGACAAGUAGAAGUCGCCGGUGACGACGGCGGUGGCUUCCGGGGCCUGGGGUGUGUGUGCCCAGAGGCGCAGGCGGGAGUUGGUGAAUAAAAGUGUCCA